AUUAUUGGUUUGGUUUAGGGUAUAGAAACAGAACAAAGUCAGCAGCAGGCAAGGUAUAAUCAGUGUUCCUUAAGGAAUUUGCAGCUUCGUCUUUUCAUUUUCUCGUGAUCUUCCUCUUCUCUCUUUCUUUGGGGUUGUUUUUGUGGAUAUAUAUAUUUUACUCCUUGGCUUCUCUGGGGUGUUAAAAAUAGCAUGAAACCCUGAAAGAUUGUUUUUUCUUUUUCCUUCAAAGAUCGAGUCUUGGUGAAAGGAGACACUUUGGGAUUUCAGGGUUUUGUUGAAAGAAGGGAUCUUUGGGGUGAAAGAAAAAAUGGGUAGUUUUGGGAGGAGUGGUGCAGUGAGGCAGUAUAUAAGAUCAAAGGUGCCUCGUUUGAGAUGGACACCUGAGCUUCACCAAUGUUUCGUUAAUGCCAUUGAAAGGCUUGGCGGCCACCACAAAGCUACGCCGAAACUUGUUCUUCAACUGAUGGAUGUGAAAGGGCUCACCAUUUCACACGUGAAAAGCCACCUUCAGAUGUAUCGGAGCAUGAGAAGUGAUCUUGGCAGAGAAGAUCGGAGUUCAACCCAUCAAAGAAGACAGUGUGUAGAGAACCAUGAUGGAUGUGUUGAUGAAGUAAAUGAUCAUAUGGGGUUUCACUCAGCUUCAAAGACCACUGAAGAACAAGAAGAAGAAUCAGAUUCUCAUCGCUGUUCACUCCGUCGUUCAAAAAGGGCUAGAAUGGAGAGCACCAGGAGUACAAUCACUGACGAGACAAUGUCAAUUCCGUACAGCUUUGAUGAUCAUCUUCACACCAUGGGAAUAAAGCAGCCGCUGCCAUUUUCUUUCAGAUAUUCAGUAGAACAACCUAAUUACCAUAAGGUUGGCAAGGUAGGAGUAGAACACGAAGACGAACAAGACGGUGAACACGUCAAACUGAACGUAAAGAGAUCGUGCAUUCAACACGAUAAGGAGGAAGAAGAAGAAGGAUGUGAAUUAUCGUUGUCACUGUCGCUGCAACACCUGCCAUCCUCACAGAGAAGUAAUACAUCUUGUACAAGCGAGAUGAGCAGCAGCAAGGGGUUCUCGUCAUCAUCCUACUCUAAUUAUAAAGACCGCUCCAUCCCACGUAGUCUUAACUUAGAUCUUUCCAUUGCUCUUUGUGGCAACUAAUCUUCAUUGCUGU